ACAAACGAGAAAAUAGUACGAUGUAGAAAAUCGAACCGCCGAAGCGAUAGUCCAACUCCGAGACCACUCGGCCAUGGCAACGCUUGUCGCGAGAACGGUGGCGGCGGUGACUUCAUCGCUACCGUUGAUUGAGAUAUCUCCGGCGAAUGAAACCUCGUCUCUGAUAGUGAUCAUCGGCCGUGGCGUGUCCAGAGUCAGGUGGGCCUCAUCUUCGUCGUCGUCGUCUUCAUCUUCUCCUCCGUCUCCAAAACCCAAUAAGAAGAUAGCUGACCGUCUCUCCGCACUUAUAGACGCCAUGUACGACCGUAGUCUUCCUCCAGAACUCCGAGGCCAACGUAACGUCGUCAGGUCAGAAACAGACAUUAUCAAUGUGGUCGAGCAGCGAAUAUGGCAUUCGAUGGAAGAAGGUCAGUUCGAGAACUUACCAGGGAAGGGAAAACCUCUGAACCUUACUACUAAUCCUCAUGCCGACCCAGCUGACGACACACUGUACAGAAUUCUUUCAAGGAAUGGAUGUUCUCCGGAGUGGGUUGAACUGAACAAAGAGAUCAGGAAUAGAAUUGCUGAGUGGCGAUUGGCUCUGAAGAAAGCUUGGGCACGCAAGGAUGAUCGAGGUGACUCCAAAUGGAUUGAGUGUUCGGAGACUCUGAAACUACAGUUGCGUGACAUCAACAAUAAGGUCUUCCGGUACAACCUCAUUGUUCCUUUUGGCCGCCAGAUGUUUGGGUUGAAGUGGGAGAAAGAAAUUGCUCGCCUGAGUGAGGAAAGCUAGACCAUGGAAGCAAUAUGUGGUGUUUUGGGUUGUUUUUUUUUUUUGGGGGGGAGUGUGUUCAGCUUUUCAUUUUUGAAAGUGUAGUAGUUUACUUAAACGCGCAAAGGAAAGGUUUAGCUUUUCAUUUUUGAAUGUGUUAGUAGUUUACUUAAACGUGCAAAUGUAAGGGUUUUUUUUUAGGCCAAAAGAAACUGAGGUUGAAGAUAAGAGGAUAACUGAGAAGCAUCCUUCAUCACUGCAAUUUGAACUAGCUGGGGUUGAUCUUCCAAGAUAAUGUCACUGGGAGAUCAGAUGCCGUCACCUAUGGACCGAUAUGGAUAAGCGAUGUCGUGCAGCAUUCGAGUAUCUGUUGGUAUUGCACCUUGUUUUGGUGGAGAUGCCAUUUUAAUGGACACUUGAAAUCAUGGAUGAGCUGUAGGAUCCUCCAGGCCUGCUUAAUGUGGGAGCAUUGCAGCAUGAAUAACUGUGUUAGAAUUACCAUCUAUUAGAAUAUGGUGCCAGUUCUAUGGUUGAGCCCGUGGGUGGUGUCACCAGCUCUUUUGUUUCUCUGAUGGCAGUAAUGUUGGAUGUGUCUGCCAUCAACAGGGACCAAGAACUUUGAAUAAUAAUGUACUCUUUUUCUACCUCUAUGUAAUAGUUCCAGGCUUGAUUAAACGAGAGAGAGAGAGAGAGAGAGACCCGUCUAUCUAAUUAAAGCCCUAACUAAUGAGAUUGUCCCCGCCAUUUCA